GAGCAAUUUGAUGCAAGAGGUGCUCAAGGCGUCAUGGAUUUUAUUCGCAGCGAUCAGUACAAAUACUUCUAUGGCCGACAGGAAGUCACAACUGGUCCGGUGCCUCCGAAACGAAAUAAGGACAAAAAAUUGUCUCGAAGAACACAUCAGUCACAAUGUGGAUCGUAGGGGGACGAGCGCGUGGUUGUAGUU